AUGCUUCCUAGCAGUGUCGUGAAUUCUCCUCCACCCGCAUCUCUCCGCCCGCCUGUCUCUCCCGCUACUCAUCCCAUUUCCCCGUUUCCUCCUUCUUCCUCUCUCCCCGUUCCGCAGCGCGAGCUUCUCAAGACUCGUCUGCUACAGCCGGCGGACAUAGCAGGGGGACCCGCCUGUCUCCCCCCCCUCCUCCGCGCCCACCCCCACGUCGCCCCCCGCAUCAUCUCCGCCCUCCUCACCUUCUGCGUUCCCCCCCAAGACGGGAGAUGGGGGGAGGGCCGGGAGGCCAGGCGGGACUGGGGGAGAGGCUGGGGGGGGGAGGGCAUGGGGGGAGGGCUGGACGGGCGGAGAGAGAGCGGAGAUGCAAGGGGCGGGGGAAGAGGGGGAGCAGGUGGGGGAGGAGGAGGAGCAGGAGUGGGGAACGAGUUUGGCGGUGUUGACACUUCUUUCUUAGAUGAGGCAGUUGAAGCGGUUAUGGCUUUAAGUGGUGGUCGCGUGGGCUUUAAUCUCGAUCUGGAUUCUCUAGCCAUGGUGAAAGAAGCCUUUUCCGGCGCUGUGGAUUGGAUUCUCUGGGCGGCAUGCGGAUCCGAUCCAGAAUCUGCACUGGCAGCUCUCGGCCAAUCAGGAGCGUCGGGGGUAUGCGGGGCGGUAUGGGACGGGGACCACGAGGGGCAUGAUUACGCGAUGAUCAAAACGGGGGGUGGAUGCUGCGACUGCGGCGAUCCAACGGCCUGGAAGCGCCAGGGGUUCUGUAAGAAGCAUCCUGGGCCUGGGCACGCCCCGCCCCUCCCGGAAAGUUUUGUCGCCCGGGCAGAGCCGGUGCUGGCUGCGGUUGCUGCGGAAUGGCAGCAGAAAAUAGUUUUUGCUGCCCGGCUGGAGGAGGAACGGAGUGGAGGCGCAGCAGGGUGGGGGGGUUCUGGGUUUGGGUUUGGAAGUGGGAGAAGCGGGGGAGGGGGAGGAGGAGGGGGAGGGGGAGGCGGAGGCGGAGGGAGAGGCGGGACAGCGGGAAGCAGUAUGAGCUCGUUGCUAGGUUCACUCACAGGAGGUGUGGGGGGGUCAGGAGGAUGGAUGAGUGGUAACGAUGGGUUCAGAGGAUCCUCCUCAUCUUUCUCCCCCUCCCCCUCCUCUUCCUCCUCUUCAGCGUUAUCAGCAGCAGCGCGGCUGAGAGCAGCGAAGAACGAGGCAGCAGCAGCAACUGAGAGGUUCUCGGAGAUGUUCUUAAGACUGGCUAGCACCAGUGAAGGCCUGCUGCACCUCGUGUCGUCCGUGCUCACCAGGAAAUGCCCCAUCCCCGUUAUUGCCCGCCCUGAUACAGUCCCGUUGGGAUUCCACCCGACCAGCACGGCCGUUACUCCCACUUCUGUCGCUACCCUUACAGCUGUUGCCCCUACUGGUUCUAUCUCUGCUCCUGGCUCAUCCCAUGCACUCUCCAUUUCGGCUCCUGUCGGCCCGAGCUCACUGCUCAGCCCACCAGCUGGGUCGUCUCUCCCAGCAUUGUCACAUCCCUCAGUGUCACAUCCCUUAGUGCCACCUCCCCCAGCCUCACCUCCCUUUGUCACUGCUGCUGCUGCUGCUGCUGCAUCCGCCAGUCUGUUGGAAGCGCUGGUGGCAAAUGAGGAGGGUAUUAAAGAGGAUUCCAUGCUUGUCGCCCACCGUCUGCUCUACAAGCUCCUAGGCGACCCGGGCUUUAAGUACCAGUUCGCACUCUCGUUCGUCGCUAAUUACUCGGCCUUCGUGCUGGGGAGUGAGGGGAGGGGAGACGGGGAGGAGGACGGGGGGAGGUGGGGGGGCGGGGGCGCGCGGGGGAGCAGGGGACGGAGGGGGCGGGGAGCGGCCGGGAGUGGGAGUGCAGGGAAUAGGGUGUCGAUAUUGGAGAGCUUUUCGGUGCAGAUUCUUACAGUGCCGGUGCUGACGCCGAGGCUCGUGGUGGAGGCUCGGCUGCUGGAUAUCCUGCUGGGUACCCUGCAGAGCAUGCUGCAGGGGGCUCUGGGCCGAGAUGGGCGCAUCAAUCUGUCCCGAGAGGAGGUGCACAAUGGGCGAGUGACCGACGACAUUUGCUACGUUCCCUCCCACUCCGCCUCCUCAUGCGCUUUCCUCUCUUCUCUUACCUAUCCCCACUCUCCCCCCCCUCAGUUAUCCCGAGAGGAGGUGCACAACGGGCGAGUGACCGACGAUAUUCGCUACGUCCUCUCCCACUCCGCCUCCUCCCGCCACGUCACCGCCCGCCGCCCGGACCUGCUGCGCGCGUGGCUGCGCCAGCUGGCGGCCGCCCAGGGCAUGUGUCCACAUGUGCGGCGCACAACCACCCACGUGGCAAUAGAGCCUGACGAUUGGAGCUUCGCCUACCUGUUAGAAGCACAGCUGGCGACUGUCAACCCGCUGCUCGCCGAAGCUAGCGCCGUGCCUGAGCUGGAGGCUCGGAAGGAGGCUCGGCAGGUGGAGGGAGGGUCGGGAGGGGAGAAGGGGGGAGGAGAGAAGGUAGGGGAGAAGGCGGCUGAAGGGGGUGGGUUCCCGGGGUUGGGGUUUGGGAGGAGGAAGACGUUGAGAUGGUUUGUGGAUGAGGAUGCAGGGCAGCAGGCGGGCCAGCAUGCAGUGGGGCAACAAGGGCAGCAAGGGAAACAGGCAGGGCAGGCGGUGUUAGGGCUUGGCAGUGGCAGUGGCAGAGGCAGAAGCGACGACGGUACGUCAACAGCAGCAGGAGAGACCAUCCCUGGGGAUGGGGGUUGGGGGGGUGGUGGUGUUGACCUGGAUGCUGCAACCGGCUGGAAGGCAGAGGGUUUUGACCCAGAGGCUUAUGUGGAUGACUGGGGAGAGACAGACGCAGACACACACACAUACCUGCCGCCCCGAGCCUGCGAGGUUCGGCAGGUGGCGGCGAGGUUCGGCGUGCCUCCGGCGCUGGUGCGGCUGCUGCACGAGUGUGCGUGGGUGCUGGCGCGGUGGGUGGCAGUGGAGGGGUUGAGGUCACUGGGGUCAGCGUUUGGGAGCGGGGCAAGCAGUGUGGAGGCUCUCAGACUGCUUGGCCUUACUAGACUCUCUGGUGAAGGCUUGUCUGGGGAAGGUGGAUCCGGGGGAGGAGCUGCUGGUGGGGGUAGGGCUAGGGGGGUAUCAGCUCCUUCGCUGACUGCUUCUGCUUUGGAUCAGCAGCAGCAGCAGCUAGAGGGUCAGCAGCAGCAGCAGCAGGGGCAGCAGCAGGUGCAGCUACAGUCGUCCGUUCUGGUGCAUGCCCCAGGAGCAUCUCUGCUGUCCUUCAAGUGGGCCCAGGACGAACUGAAGAGCCUUGCCUCAGAGGCAGCUGCUGCUGCUGCAGCAGUUACAGCAGAGAAGGCGGGUGGAGGAGGAGGGGCUGUGGGUGGUCGAAGCAGUAUAGCAGGUGAUGCAGGGGAAGCAGGAGCAGUAGGAGGAGGAGGAAGAGGAGCAGGAGGCGGAGGGGGAGGGGCAGCAGGAGGCAGCGGCGCCAGUCCAGUGGGGCGGGCAGGGAGGUUCCUAUCGGGCAUGGCCGCAGCAGCAGGGGCGGCAGCUGCUGCUGUGGGGGGCAGAACCACAGGAGCAGGCAGUCCGGGCGCUAGAGGGGGAAGUCCAGGGGGAUUGGGGCAAGAGAGAGGGGCCACAGCAGGAGCAGAGGCUGUGCCUGUGCUUGGGCUUGAAGGGUUGGGAAGACGGGGAGGGGAAGGGGGUGGGGGAGGAGCGGAAGCAGGGGUGGGUGCUGGGUCAGGGGCGGGUGCAGGGCUGGGUAGAGUGGGUUUGAGAGAUGGGGAGGGAAAUGCUGCUGCUGUUGCUGCUGCCGCUGCUGCCUCUCCUGCUGCUGGUGCUGGCACAGGAAGGGGAGGGGAAGAGCGUGCAGGACAGGAGGAAGGGGACGUGAACCACACGCAGAGAGGGCACAUGGGGAUCCUAAGCACGUGGCUUAGAAGGGCGUCUAGAUUCAGGGCGACAGGAGGGGAAGAGGCACAGGGGACCCAGGGCAGGCAUGCAGGGGCAGGUGAAGCAGCAGGCACGGAGGCAGCAUGGGCAGACGUAGGUGCAGGUGCAGAGGCAGGAGGGGCAGGAGGAGGGGAAGCAGCGGCAACAGCCAUGCAGACAGAUUCGUUGGUAGCAGCAGAGGCUGUCCCUCUCUCUGCUGCUCUCCCCCCCUCCGCCGCCCCUCCUCUCUCUGCUGCUGCCGCUGGUGCUCUCAACGCUCUGAACAGCCCCUGCUGGUGGGUGGGGCGGCAGCAGCUGUCGCUUCUGGAGGGGCUGCUGCCGUUCCCUCCCCCCCGGAUGGAGCAUGGGGACAAGCUGUGUGACUCACUGCACAACGUGCCAGGGGACAUGCUAGAAGAUGGGGCUUGGGAAGAAAAAGGGGCUGCAGCAGAGGCAGGGCGAGGGGCAGGGGCAAAGGCAGGGGCGGGGGCAGCAUCAGGGGCAGGAGGACACUUUGUCAUGGGAACAGAGGGGGCGGAGGCGAGUUCUGUGUCAAAGAGGCCUGUGGCCGGGACUGAGAGUGGGCUGGAGUGGCCAGUGGUGGAGUACGAUGUGGGGCGGCAGGAGGUGUCGUUUCACCUGCCUCUGCACCGCAUGCUCGCGCUGCUCCUGCACUCCCUGCUGCGCCUCUCCUGCCCCGUGCCUGACCCCCAAGGGGAUGCACAGGGGGACGGACUGGGGGCUACAGGGAGGGACCCACAGGCGGAUCUACAGGGGUACGCACAGGGGGACACACAUGAUGCGAGGGAAGAGAGGCAGAGGGAGAGAGAGCAGGAGGGGGGUGGAGGAAGGGGGGAGGGGGCAGAGCUGUGCUUGCUGCGGCUGCUGCCCAGCAAGCUGCAGAGAGGAAGCUUCCUCGCAGCUGUGGCUGAGCACGGGCUGCGAGUGCAAGUGCUGUGCGCGCAGAUAUCAGCGGGCAUGUGGAGGAGGAAUGGGCAAUCCAUGGUGGCUCUCUGCGACCUCUACCACUCCGUGCACUGGUCAGUCUUCACUAAAUUCUGCCACCUCGCUCUCUGUUCCUCCCCGCCCCGCCCUCUGUGGGGUGCUGCCACCUCGCUCUCUGCGACCUCUACCACUCCGUGCACUGGUCAGUCUAGUAAUUGGUGCGAGGACAGCCUCGAGUUGGACCUCUUCCUCCUGCAGUGCACCGCCGUCUCUGCCCCUCCUGACGCCUCUCCUCUCAAGUGCGAGGACAGCCUCGAGUUGGACCUCUUUCUCCUGCAGUGCACCGCCGUCUCUGCCCCUCCUGACGCCUCUCCUCUCAAGUGCGAGGACAGCCUCGAGUUGGACCUCUUUCUCCUGCAGUGCACCGCCGUCUCUGCCCCUCCUGACGCCUCUCCUCUCAAGUGCGAGGACAGCCUCGAGUUGGACCUCUUUCUGCUGCAGUGCACCGCCGUCACGGCCCCUCCUGACGCCUUUGUGCGCCAGGUUGUAGCGCGCUACAGCCUUACCAGCUACUUCUCCCUCACCGUGGGGACUGCCUCAGAGUACGAGCCUGCAGUGGCACAGGACUGCAUGGCCUUCCUCAUCCGCCUCAUCUCAGAGCGAUCCUUCUCCGGCCUCCCCCCCACCCCUCUUCCAUUCUCUCCUCCUCUGUUCCCCUCCAUCCCCUUCGACCCCCAAUCCAACCGUACAGGUACGAGCCUGCAGUGGCACAGGACUGCAUGGCCUUCCUCAUCCGCCUCAUCUCAGAGCGAUCCUUCUCCGGCCUCCCCCCCACCCCUCUUCCAUUCUCUCCUCCUCUGUUCCCCUCCAUCCCCUUCGACCCCCAAUCCAACCGUACAGGUACGAGCCUGCAGUGGCACAGGACUGCAUGGCCUUCCUCAUCCGCCUCAUCUCAGAGCGAUCCUUCUCCGGCCUCCCCCCCACCCCUCUUCCAUUCUCUCCUCCUCUGUUCCCCUCCAUCCCCUUCGACCCCCAAUCCAACCGUACAGGUACGAGCCUGCAGUGGCACAGGACUGCAUGGCCUUCCUCAUCCGCCUCAUCUCAGAACGAUCCUUCUCAGGCCUACCCCCCACCGCGGCCCUCCGGAGGGAGAUAGUGCAGCGCCUAGCCAUCGGCAACGCCACCCUCCCUCGCCCCCUUCUCACCCCCUCCUUUUUUGUCUCCCCAACAUCCACACACCUCCUCUUUCUCACCACCUGCCCUCCAUCCCUUGUUGUAAUUAUCUACUCCUCCGCGGCCUCAAUUCUCCCUCCCACGGCCUCAAUCCUCCCUCCCGCGGCCUCAAUCCUCCCUCCCGCGGCCUCAAUCCUUCCUCCCGCGACCCUAAUCCUCCUUCCCGCGGCUCUGCCCGCCGUCGCGGACGACCGACGCGCCGUCGCGGACGACCUGCGCGCCGACGCGGAUGGUCAGCGCGCUGUCGCCAGCGACCUGCGCGCCGACGCAGCCGGCCAGCGCGCAACCGCUGACGACCCGCGCGCUGACGCGGACGGCCAGCGCGUGACCGCCGACGACCCGCGCGCUGACGCGGACGGCCAGCGCGCAACCGCCCGAGCCGCGCGCUGA